AUGGCCAAUUCCACAAGUUUCAAUAUGACUAUACAAGAAGCCUCGAAAUUCAAAAUCAAUACCCAGUAUUUCUCAGCCCACGAUCUGGCUCUCUUUGUGGAGAGUCUUGAGACCAUAACCCGUUUGACCCGCGAGAAGGAAGAGCGCAAAGAGCAAAAGAAAUUGCUGAAACUGAAUAAGAAGUUCUCCACUUUGCCACGCAUUAGCUCCAUGUCAACAUUGGAUUCUUCCUCCACCAACUCAGAUGCCGACGAAGCUGAUGAAGAAAUGUUGCUGUUGGAGAAUAAAAAAGUGCCCAAGAGUCCGGAUAGCCAAAGAUCUGAAUAUGAUGAAACCUAUUUCUCGGCACCCAGCAGUACUCAGUCUUCACCACGCAAUAGUGUCAUCUAUCAGCAGCAGCUAAGCAAGAACAUUAGCCACUCUACACUCUCCAUAAUCACCACUUCGGAUUCAGAGGAAUCUGGGGUAUUUCCCAUAGGCUGCUCUCACCACGACAUGUAUGAGCAGCAAACCAAUACCAUUAGACCUCGCUCUAAGGUUAUAACAAAAACCCGAUCUCUAUCCACCCGCUCCCGUUUAAUAGGUUUGGUAAUGAAAAAGGAUCUGGGUAAAGUACCCUCCGUCGAACUUAUCUCUUGUCGUGCCCUAGAUGAAUAUGAAACCUUGGAAAUGUAUGAACAAGAACAGCAGCAAAUGUUACAGCAUGACUUGGUGCAAGAAACUGAAAAAUUGGCUCGUUUCUCAACCGUGCACAUGAGGAAGAAGUCCCGCCAAGGUUUUGCCUGUCCCGAUGGUUCAUCCGAAGAACGUUUCCUGGAUAAGGCCUUGCGUUAUUUGACUUUGUAG